AUGCUCUCCAUCAAGAACAUCCUCCUCUUCACCUCCACCGCCUCAGCCUUCGUCCUCCCAGAGCUAGUCGAGCGUGACGCCAAAGCAACCCAACAAAACCUUACCACCAUCAACACCGACACCGAGACCUUCACCCAAAAGGUCAACAACUACGUCGGCGGCCCCACCAUCCUCGACGUCAACCAAGCCCAGAACACUCUAAACGACGACAUCAAGUCCUCCACCACCUAUGCCCAGAAAAGCGGCGCCAACUCCGCCUCCGAGGCCCAGUCCCUCAUCGAUUACAUCGAUAACACUCUCGAGCCGAAUAUCAAGAAGGCGAUGAAUGCUAUGAAGAGUAAGAAGGAACAGUUCCAGAAAGAUGGGUAUGGCCAGAAUGCGCUCGAUGGUCUUAAGAAUACGAAGAAUAAUACUGAUAGCCUUGGUGCUGCGCUGGCGAACAAUACUCCCAGCAGCAAGACUUCGGCUGCGAAUGCCGCCCAGGCGAAGAUUGAUGCGGAUUUUGAUGAUGCGAUUUCUUACUUCUCCUCGUAA